AUGGCCCGUUCUCAAGCGGACGUUUUCGAUCGAGAACAGGCAUCGUCUUCUGAAAGAGAUGAUGAUUCUGACGCCGCGGAUGAACAGUCAAGUUCGGAACAGGAACACGAAACAGAGCAGGCAUCUGUUAAGGACUUAUCCUCGCAUGCGCCCAAGGAACAAACUGUGAAUCAACUAUCUGGAAAAAACGACUAUCAAAUCCACUCCGGUGCCCUUACGAACUUGAAUGACCAUCUUCACUUGAACGACGUCCUGGAGGAGGACAAAGAACUUGAGCAUUGCUCGGAUUAUCGCAACGAACAGCCUCACAUACAGCGCCACUCUUAUGAGGAUGACCACAUGCACAUGAGACAUGAUGAACACAUGUACAGCACCUUUCAUCAUCCCGUGUCCGAGCACAACGGAAACGAGUCGGAUAUGAGGACACUGGACCAUCAUAUCAAUCAUCCACAUGUGUUGGUGUCUGAACAGCAUGUGCAAAACCAUCUCCAGGGGAACAACAACAACGCAGAUGAAGAUGACCACAUGUCAAAAGCACAGGGCAAGAAUAAUCAGUGUUUACUGGAAGACCCGCAUUUAAAUCAGGCUCCUCAUUACUCUAUCGCUGAUUCGCUCAGAAUACAGCAACUGAUAAACUUGCAGAACCAUCGCUCGUCCAUCCUCCAGCACGAAGCGCCCAGUCGAACAAACCAGGAGGAGAAUGGACGACACCACUCUGCGUCUUCGGAAGAGGCGCCCGAGCACUCCCCGCACAUUCUUAGAACGAACCACUCCGUUCAGGAAGAGAACGGAAUUGACGAACCGGACAUCAACAGCAUGCAGCGCCACACUCUGGAGAGCCAGGACAUGAAACAUGCCGAGUCCAACGGACAAGAAGUCCAGCGACACCAUCUGGAGGACUGCAACGAUUCGCACCUGAGGCAACUGCAGCCAUCCAACGACUCAUCUGCCCAGGAUGAAGAAAUAAUCCACGGUCAUCCAUCGCUGAUGCAGCACCGGCAACUCUUCCAGUCCCCCUCAGAGCUGGAACACGACCUCCAACCUGUUGAUCAAAACAGCGAGGGCAACCCUCACCACCUGCCUUCCGUCCUGGAAGACAAAGACAUCUCAGCUCACAUAAUGCAUCACGGUAGUGAUCACACCCCACACCGUUUGAAUUUAGAUCUUUCUGGUGCAGCGCACAAUUCUUUUCCACAUAUCAGGAGCCCCGCGUCUCCCAGAGACUUCAUUCCGGAUAGGAUUCCCUAUCACAUCAGCAUGCCCGACUUCCAAAGAAGUCUGCCUUCCAUGAACGACGCUGACCCCCAUGGAGAGGGUCUACCACUUCGGAACAUGCUGAACUCUACCACGACAAACUACCUGGUGAAUACCAUCAUAGACCAGGGUGGUCUCCAUGCUGUGAGUACGCCAUCCGUCACUUACCAUCACUUACCUGAAGCAACGGACAGCCCAUCCGGGGCACCCACGAGCAGUCCUCUGUACUUAUCAGGUGUGAAUACGUCCACUGCUUCUUCCAGGCUGUUGAGCAUCUCUCCGUACGGCCGUACUCACGACGCCAACAACGUGGGAUCGCUUAUGUGGAGCCAAGUGAAUGACGAACUAGUGUCUAAAUCUUCCCCAACUUCGUUGACCCUUGCCGGUACUGGGAUAUUAUCUAGAACUAGUGCAGGAGGUCACGUGUCAUCGUAUGUGUCUGAUUUACCUUGGAGUGGAUACGACAAUAUGUCUCAGAAUAUGUCCUUGCAACUACCGCAGGCAUCAGGAGUAGACGGCGACCCGCAGCUGUUUUCUGGUCUCGAGGGUCGAGAAUGCGUCAACUGUGGCGCCAUUUCGACCCCGCUCUGGAGGAGGGACGGCACCGGCCACUACCUGUGCAACGCGUGCGGCCUCUACCACCGCAUGAACGGCACGAACAGGCCCGUCGUCAAGAACCAGAAGAGACUGUCAGCUUCCAGACGGCUGGGCCUGUUUUGCUCCAACUGCCAGACGACCAACACUUCUUUGUGGAGGAGAAACAAUCAAGGGGAACCGGUGUGCAACGCGUGUGGUCUGUACUACAAAUUGCAUCGAGUGAACCGGCCCAUAACGAUGAAAAAAGAUAACAUCCAGCGGCGGAAAAGGAAGCCAAAAGCUUCGGAAAUCAGAAACGAACAAGACCACAAAACCCAGUGGGCCAACAUCAAGCAAGAAAUUUCUGAAGACGGAGGCUUCAACCUUUCGCCCAAACAGCCGGACUCCGGCAUGUUCGGGCCCGGAUACUACCUCUACCAGACGGCCUCGGCGACCGCCCAAAGAAGCCUGCCCAUGUUCACGAGUGCCAAAGACUUGCCCAAAGCGUCCAUCUUACACCAGUCCGUCAGCCAGCCCAUCCUGACGAACAGCCUGCCUUUCCUGGGGCUGCCCCAAGUGCACAACCCGGACAGUCCGGAAGGCGGGCUGUCCUCCCCGAGGCCGGACUCGAACCCGGACUAUCCGGUCUCCCCGCACGGAGUCUCUCUGCACGCUCAGACGCUAGAAACCACCAACGACUUUGACAUCCAUUGACCACUUGCGAGUGAUUUGUUAAGAGCCUUUGUUGAAAUUUAUUGACGAAUUUUACAAUUCUUUGUUCAUAUAUAAAAGUAUAUAUAGAAAAAA